AAUCCAUAAUAUAUACAUAUAAAAUAAAUAAACAAAAUAAAAUAUGGACAAAAAUCUUAUGAUGCCCAAGCGUUCGCGCAUUGAUGUCAAAGGCAGCUUCGCCAAUGGUCCGCUGCAGGCGCGACCGCUGGUUGCGCUGCUGGAUGGACGGGACUGUUCAAUUGAGAUGCCCAUACUAAAAGAUGUGGCUACAGUGGCCUUCUGCGAUGCACAGAGCACAUCCGAAAUACACGAGAAGGUGCUAAACGAAGCAGUUGGUGCCUUAAUGUGGCACACCAUUAUCUUGACCAAGGAAGAUCUUGAGAAAUUCAAAGCUUUACGCAUCAUUGUGCGCAUUGGCAGCGGCACAGAUAACAUUGAUGUCAAAGCCGCUGGCGAAUUGGGCAUCGCUGUAUGCAAUGUCCCUGGCUAUGGUGUCGAGGAAGUUGCAGACACAACAAUGUGCUUGAUAUUGAACCUAUAUAGGCGCACCUAUUGGCUGGCGAAUAUGGUGCGCGAGGGCAAAAAGUUUACGGGCCCCGAGCAAGUGCGAGAAGCGGCGCAUGGUUGCGCUCGCAUACGUGGCGAUACCUUAGGCUUAGUUGGUUUGGGUCGCAUUGGCAGCGCUGUCGCGUUGAGAGCAAAAGCAUUUGGCUUCAAUGUAAUAUUCUACGAUCCCUACCUACCCGAUGGCAUUGAUAAAUCUCUCGGCCUCACACGCGUCUAUACGCUGCAAGAUCUGCUAUUCCAGUCCGACUGCGUUUCACUGCAUUGCACGCUCAACGAGCACAAUCACCAUUUAAUCAAUGAAUUCACAAUUAAACAGAUGCGACCUGGUGCAUUUCUGGUGAACACCGCCCGCGGCGGUCUGGUGGAUGAUGAGACUUUGGCGCUGGCACUGAAACAGGGUCGGAUAAGAGCAGCCGCAUUGGAUGUGCACGAGAACGAACCAUACAAUGUAUUUCAAGGCGCACUGAAAGAUGCUCCAAAUCUAAUUUGUACACCACACGCCGCCUUCUUCAGCGAUGCAUCCGCAACAGAGCUGCGCGAAAUGGCAGCCACCGAAAUACGACGAGCGAUCGUCGGCAAUAUUCCAGAAGUGCUGAGGAAUUGCGUUAACAAGGAGUACUUCAUGCGCACGCCGCCAACCACUGCGGCUGGUGGAGUUGCGGCGGCUGUUUAUCCCGAAGGAUUAAAUGGCGGCUAUUAUACAGGCGCACUGCAACAUCGGGCACACAGCACCACACCGCACGAUGGUCCCCACAGUACAACAAAUCUUGGCAGCGGUAGCGGCGGCGGCGGCAGCAGCGGCGUCGUCGUCGGCAUUGGCAGCGGCAGUAACGCAAGCAGCGCUGCUUUGAUACCGCCGCCACCGACGGCAACCAGCAACAACUCUGUGACGGCGGCUGCUGUCGCUGUGGCCGCUGCAGCGGCAGCGGCUGCUGCGCUCCUGCCAUCAACGGUACCACCACAAAAUGCAGCUGUGCCAACCGUGCCGCAUUUGUCGCCGCAAGUUGGUGGAUUGCCGCUCGGGAUUGUGAGUAGCCAAUCGCACCUGAGUGCGCCCGACCCUAAUAACCAUCUGUCAUCGAGCAUUAAAUCUGAAGUGAAGGUCGAGUCAAUGGAGGCGCCGUAGGCUGGGCAGGCUGCUGCUGCAUCCUUUGCUGGAGGCAAAAACACACAAAAUAUUUAAAAAUUAAAUAAAUUUAAAUAAAAAAAAAAAACACAAAAACAACAACAGCAACAAAAACUGGUGUGACAACGGGCAGUGAAACGCUCACAGGGAGCAGGUAGAGCAGAUCGAAUAAAAUGGCAAUCCAACUACGAUAUAAACUGGAUGACAUUCGUUUACAAUGUGAUUAUAAACAUUUGUUGUAAUGCCCCAAAUUUGCAGUUAACAAACGUAAAUCACUUGCAACUGCGGCAUUCUCUGUGAACAACUGCGCCCAGCCUUUGAUUUGAAUUUUUCCAAGUUUCUAAGUUAUAAUUUAAAAUACGAUACAUAUUUGCAUUACCAAUCUAAAAAACAAAAACAAAAAAAUACUUAAAAACCAUAAAAGAAAUCUCUUCCUAAACACACACGCAUAACACACCUCAAAAUUAACUACCAAAUUGUAAGAGAAAGAUAUGUUACCUACAUAUAAGCGCAAAAACAAAACUAAAAAACAAACACAAACGAAAAUGUUGGAAAUUUUAACUUAAAAACAAAAA